CGAAUCAACGAGUCACGUGAAUAGAAAAUGAAAAAAGUGGGUAGAAAGACAAGCGCUUCUGCGAGCCGACCAGUGACAGUGACCGUCAACUACCUGCUCGCGCGGGAGGUACCGCGCCAAAUCGACAAACUUCACACUUACGAAGAUAUACGCGCAGCUUAUUUACCGCCAAAUAGUAAUAAUGCCUUUCUAGGAUAAAAUGUAUUAAUUUCAUUACGUUUCGGCUUUCUUUUUCUCGCAAAUAUAUCUAUUUUUCCAUAUUUUAAUCGUUCCAAAAAGUUGAUUUCCAUAUAAAUCGGUAUAUUAGUUAAAUAAUAAUAAUGGUUCAUAAAAACAGAUACGAUCUGGAAAAGAGACUUCCUUCAUUUGAAAAAUCUGCUAAUAUUUCUUUGGGAUGGUUUGGAACAAGACAUACGGUUACGUUUAUGCUUUUUUUGGGUAUGGCGAACGCUUACAUCAUGCGUACCAACAUGUCAGUCGCCAUUGUAGCUAUGGUUAAUCACACAGCUAUAGGCCACAGUUCUCACGACUCAGCUAUAUCCGUCGAUGACGAAUGCGGAGUUGAAAUCAACGUGAACGACACCAAAACUCCAGUAAAAUCGGAACUCGAAGGUGAAUUCGUGUGGCCUACUGAUGUCCAAGGUUACGUGCUCAGCUCAUUUUUCUAUGGUUACGUCAUCACUCAAAUUCCUUUUGGUAUACUAGCUAAACGUUACGGGAAUAUUUAUUUCUUGGGGGUUGGGAUGUUGAUUAACUCGUUGUUUGGACUACUUGUACCUAUCGCAGCCGAAAUGGGCAUUUGGUGGCUUAUCGCGGUUAGAUUCAUACAAGGACUCGGAGAGGGACCUAUUGUACCAUGCACGCAUUCCUUGCUAGCAAAAUGGAUUCCUCCAAACGAGCGAAGUCGAAUGGGAGCAUUUAUUUACGCAGGAGCUCAAUUUGGUACUGUGAUAUCUAUGCCGCUCAGUGGAUUAUUAUCAGAAUGUAGAUUCGGUUGGCCUUCAAUAUUUUAUGUAUUCGGUACGAUAGGUACUGUUUGGUGUAUAUUCUUCCUGAUAUUAGUUUACGAAGAUCCCCAAUCUCAUACCAAAAUGAACGUCGAGGAAAGAUUGUAUAUACAAAAAGAAUUAGGAAGCAAAAUCGGUCUACCGAUUCCACCAAUACCUUGGAUGUCAAUUUUAACAUCUUUACCAUUCUACGCGAUUCUUUUGGCCCACAUGGGACACAAUUAUGGCUAUGAAACUCUUAUGACUGAAUUGCCAACGUACAUGAAACAAAUCCAUCAUUUCAGUAUUAAAGACAACGGAGUAUUAUCAGCACUUCCAUAUUUGGCAAUGUGGCUAUUUUCCAUAUUUAUCAGCCAUGUUGCGGAUUAUUUGUUAACUAAACCACAUUUCACCCACACCAUCGUUAGAAAGCUCAUAAAUGGAAUUGGUCAAUAUGGUCCAGCGAUAGCUUUAGUAGCAGUGUCGUUUACAGGAUGCAAUAAAUGGUUAACGGUUAUACUUUUAACUAUCGGAGUUGGUUUAAACGGUGGUAUCUAUUCCGGUUUCAAGGUCAACCAUUUGGAUAUAUCCCCCCAAUUCGCCGGCAUACUUAUGUCUUUUACAAACUGUAUGGCAAAUUUAGCCGGUUUACUCGCACCAAUUUAUGCCGGACACGUCGUUGUCGGAACGCCCAGCGUUGCCAAAUGGAGAACUGUUUUCGUCACCGCGGCCGCGGUUUACGCUGGCUGUUGCACGUUUUACAUUAUUUUCGGUUCUGGACAACGGCAACCGUGGGAUCAACCUUACGAAGAACCUGAGAAAAGAAUCCCGAAUGAUGAACCGGAAAAGAAAAAAUCGAACGAUGAUACAGGGUUCGUUACUACUCGUGCUUAAUGGGAUUUUUUAUAAAAGUAUAUUCAAAAAAGAUGUGAUGUAUUUUUAAAAAUUUUAGAUUUAAUUAUUCAGUUUAAUAAAUUUAAUGCUCGUAGUGGCAAACACAUUUUUUGUUUAAAAAUUUUCGAGGAUAUUCCAUAAAAUUACUUAAACCUGUCCUGGCAGCUUUUAAAUUUAAUUUUAAAUUAUUAUUACCAAAAGUAUUUUAUAUAUUAGUAUUAAGGAGUGGUCAAUAUGAGGUUUAUGAAAAAUUGACUAACUUAAAAAAAAAUUCGAAAAAUUGAUGUAAUUGGUAUUUUUAUUAUACAUACAUUUUUUUGGUGUUGAUGAUAUUGUUGACUUUAAUGGAAACCUUGUUAUAAUGAUGGAAAUAAAUUUACUUUUUGAGUAAAAA